AUGUUGCGCUUGAAGUGUGCUUUUCAAGCUUAUGAUUGGGGUAAAAUUGGUGUGAGUAGUGAGGUUUACAAGCUCCUGGAGCGAUCUGGUCAAUAUCAAGAGCUAGAUCUUACGAAACCGUAUGCAGAGUUGUGGAUGGGUACUCAUGUAUCAGGACCAUCGUUUUUGAUGGACGCUCCUUCUACCACACUUGAAAGUUAUAUCACUGAACAUUCAAACUGUUUGGGUUCUUCUGUGGUUGCAAAGUUCGGGAAAGCACUGCCUUUUCUAUUUAAAGUUCUUUCUGUGCGGACAGCAUUGUCUGUUCAAGCCCACCCUACAAAGGAGUAUGCCAUUAAGUUACACGCUGAAAGACCUGAUGUCUACAAAGAUUCAAAUCACAAACCUGAACUAGCCAUCGCUUUAACACCAUUUGAAGCAAUGAUCUCGUUUAGAUCACCGGCAGAAAUUGGAACGUUUGCAAAAUAUAUACCAGAACUUCAUGAAAUUAUUGGUCCAGAAUAUACUGAAGAUUUAAUAAAUAUAUCUGCAUCAGAUGAAGACUUAGCCUCACCAUCAAUAAAAGCGGCUUAUUCACGGUUGAUGACUGCAGAUCCUAAAAUGGUCAGUACAUUAGUGGAUAACUUAAAGGAGAGAUUAACAAAUGGUGAAAAGAUAACUAUCCCAUCAAUUGAAACAAAUACCACGCUUGAUACAGACGUCUUAAAAGAGGUAUUCAUUCGAUUGGCUACAGAUUUUCCUGGUGAUGUUGGUUGUUUCAGUUUAUUCUUCUUCAAUUAUGUCAGGUUGAAUCCAGGUGAAGCAAUUUUCUUGGAACCUAAUUUACCACAUGCUUAUAUAUCUGGAGAUUGUAUAGAAUGUAUGGCCUCGUCGGAUAAUGUGAUUCGUGCAGGUUUAACACAGAAAUUUAAAGAUGUUGACCAUCUUCUUAAAAUUGUUCAAUAUGAACCACGUUGGGGAUCAGCGUUAAUGUUUAGCGGAGAAUUGAAAGAGAUUACACCACCUCAACCGACAUAUCCGACUAUGGAGCAGACUAAGAAUUCAAUGAAUACACCUCAUAUUGUUACAUUUUCACCUCCAGUCGAGGAGUUCUCAGUGGACAAAAUUGUAAUACCGAGUCAGUAUCAAGCAGUUGAAUUUGCACCAUUAAAAUCUGCUAGUAUCUUAUUGAUUAUCAAUGGACAGGGCAGAAUACAACGUUUAUAUGGAAAUAGAUUAUCUGCUAGUAGAAUGACAGAAAUAUCAGAUGUGAAAGAUGAUUCUACACCGAUGAAUAAAAAUAAUAAUGAAAAGAAAAAAUCCAGUUGGACUGAGGAAAAUUCAACAGCUUCUGCUUUUGUUUGUGAAUGCUUUGAAUUUAAUGAAGGAUCUGUAUUCUUUAUCAGUGCUGGAAUUCCAUUUUGUAUUCAACAACAACAACAGCUACAAAGCAGUUCCAAUGUAUCAGAUGUUUUAGCUUUUCGAGCAUAUGCAAAUGUUUUCAAUGAUUGA